AUGGAGUUUGUGACAGUGCUGGCUGACUUUCAAGCAGGGGCCAGCUGUCCCAUCUGUUUGGACUACUUAAAAGACCCAGUGACCAUUAACUGUGGGCAUAAUUUCUGUCUCUCCUGCAUCGGUAUGUCCUGGAAGGAUCUAACUGAUAUUUUCCCCUGCUCUUUUUGCCGAUUUUGCUGUCUAGAAAGGAAGUUUGCACGUAAUCCUCAGCUGGGCAAUUUGAUCGAAAAUGCUAAGAUACUCCAGAUAAGAAGCAAGAGGAAGAGACAAGAAAAGCUUGUGUGUGAAAAGGACAAUCAGGUUUUGACCUUUUUCUGCCAAAAGGACUUAGAGGUUUUAUGUCCUCAGUGCAGUUUCUCCACUGAUCAUCGGAAUCAUUACGUUUGGCCCAUACAGAAGGCUGUCUCCUGUCACAGGGAAAGAUUGGAGUAUUGCAUUGAGCCAUGGAAGGAGAGAGUGGAACAAUUUGAGAAAAUGAUAAUUAUGCAAACCAGAAAAUCAUUGGAACUGGAGAAGAAGGUAGAAUACAGGAGAGAAGAAAUAAAAUCUGAAUUUGCGCAAAUUAUGUUGUUUCUUCAAAAUGAGCAAGAGAGUGUUCUUCGGCAAUUACAAAAUGAAGACAUAGAUAUUUUAACAAAACUAAAUGAAAACCGAACAGAAUUUUUAUAUCAUGUUUCUACAUUAAAAUGUCUAUUAAAGGAGAUAAUAUUAAAGGAGAGCAAAUAUAUGAAGUCAGAACUGGAACUCUUCACAGGUGUUAAAAGUAAAUACCAUAAAUAUCAAACCUUAAAGGCCCCUGAACCUUUUUCCUUCCAUUUAAAAGAAUGUGGUUAACAUGUUCCUCCACAAUAUUCUGAUCUAAACAAAAUUAUCAAGCAAUUUAAAGUUGAUGUGAUUUUAGAUCCUGAAACAGCACAUAGUAAACUUAUUGUUUCAGAUGAUAGAAAACUGCGAUGUGGAAAUAGAAUGCAAAACUUACCUCACAACCCAAGAAGAUUUUAUCUCUGCCCAGCUGUUCUGGGUUCUGAGGGAUAUAAUUCUGGCAGGCAGUAUUGGAAGGUAGAAAUGGAAGACAAGCCUGAAUGGGUCUUGGGUGUCUGUAAAGACUCCAUUCUCAGAAGAAGAAAGUGUCAUAAUCCAUCAGUUCUAUUUCAGGACGAAUUAUGGUGUAUUUGGCGACGUGGUCAGAGUAAUUACAUUGCAUUGGGUCCUAAAAAAAUUGAUCUUCUGCCAAAAAUAAUACCUAAUAAGAUUGGCAUUUUUUUAGAUGAAUUGGGUGAGUUUUCUUUUUACGAUAUGAGUGAUAAAUCUCUUCUCUAUAUUUUUAACGAUUGUUUUAUAGGAGCACUUUGGCCUUAUUUUGAUACUGGAACUGAUUCAAAACCUCUUAAAAUCUGUACAGUAACAGAUUCUGAAUGA